AUGGCGGCCAGUCCUCCUCCUAUCAUUUCUGACUUACCGCAGAGCACGUCUCAAAGCCCGGUUGCGCCUCAAAUAAACAAGGCGCGUGGGGACAUCGCGUCGACAGCUUCGACCGCCGCAGCUCAGAUAGCGAGCCUUUCACCUCCGGCUACGAGCCCUGCGAGCCGGCAGCCAUCGAUGGCUGGAUCAAAUGCAAUAGGCAGCUCCCCACCAGCUACUACGCCUGGGGCUUCUUCGAUUGGAGCUGCCACGAAAGUAUCAGUGGAAGAUGCACUGGCACAGCGCCUCGUGCGCAGCGUGAGCGCUUCUACCAAUGCUAGCAACGGAGUGGUGGAUAACACGACGGAGCGAAGCGGUUCGCAUUACAGCCAGCCGCAGUAUGGCGUGUCACCAAAGCCCUCGAUGGCAUCGGUAGCCCCGACGGCCGGCCACAAUCACGGCGCUGCGAUGCCCUACCAGCGAGGACAGGAGCAUCAGAACGGGCCUCACGGAUUCUCUGCUCCGCCAAUAGCGAACCAGGACCAGGAAAAAUCCAGCGCGUAUGCGGCGCUUUGGGAGCUGGUGCGAAAGACGGAUGCGUCUGUGGUUCGACAAGUUGUCCGGGAGAACUGGCAAAAAUGUCUGACCGGAUCAGAUUACCACUCUACCUUUAUUAUAAACGCCACCAUCACUUGCUCCUCCCCUGCGGUCCUGAGCCGCACUCUCUUUGAUACCGGCAACAAAGUCGUCAAAACAUCAGGCCGUGAGAUCGCCCAGCAUUUUGGCACUGAGGAUCUUGAUCAGGUAGCAGACCUCCUUGGGCCUAAGCUUAGCGCACACUUUCAAGAUCGGGUGAUGGCUGCCCGUUUGGAGACCAUCGGCGCGCAAGACCUCAUCAAUGCUCUGUCCAGAGCUGAGCGUCUUGGCUACCAUGUCAACGACAUAGUCCAGAAGCAGCCUGGUCCAGGGGGCGAGACCGUUAUUCCUUCCAUGUCGGCAAUCCCUCCGGUGCCACCACACAACAGCCGUGUCGGUGCACCCCCACCUGCAAUGGCACCCUACCAAUUCCAAGGACCCCCGCAGCAGCCUCAGCCAUAUAGAGGCCAGAUGAACAGCAUGAGUCAUCUAGCAGCCCAAGGCUCUACUCAGACGCCAAAACGAUCUGCUCCAGCCUUGCCGCCAUGGGCAAAACAAUGCCGGAUGUGCAAGCGCCCUUGCAGCAGCGAGGAGGCUCUCAAUUAUCAUCUGAAAAAGGCCAAGUGCAAUACUUCAACCCCUCAUCCAAUUCCGGUGGAUGGGAAUACCUGUGUUCAUUGCGGCUGCCGUUUUGAAAGCCCCGGGGGCCUUUCAUAUCACUCUAAGUGCGACGUCUGCGGAAAACACAGCGAGGAAAAGAGAGCGCAAAUGACUGCAAUACUGCAAUAUGCUGCCUGGAGCCAGCCGGCUAGUUUACACGUAGCCACGCCUCCGGUAGCUAAUACAGUAUACACUCCCGUCUGGAAGCAAAGGGCGACUGGGCCUUCAUCGACCCCAAGUCCUUCCGGCAACGACCCAUAUGCAAAGCUUUCGGCGACGGAUCGAGUGAAGUUUGACGCGGAAAUGAAAGGGGUCGAUGAGUACUACGGUAAUCUGAUGAAGGAAGCUUCUGCAAAGUUGCCAGCUGGACAACGCGAGGAGGAACUCGCUAAGCUGAAAAACCGAUACAAUACCAAGCAGAGCAAUACUCGAAAGAAAUACGGAAUCCGGCUUCGCGAGAGGCGUGCCAAUACCGAUGUCGAUCGCUCCUGGAACACCAGCGCCGCAAAGAGGGCCCGCGUUGAUGAGGGACCGGCAGGCCCUCCUCAGCCUGUUCCUAAUCAAUCGCCUUUCCCCAGCGUCAAGGAAUCUCCACGAAUGAGAGUUCCUCUGUCUACAAUGGGAGGGCUGUCGGCAUCCUCGGCUACUGCAGAACUCGUUGAUCCCACAUCAUCUUCCACUCCAGUUAACGGCCAGUCUUCAGUACCAGCUACAGCUUCACACGGAAUUAACAAAGCCCCGCACAACACACUACGAGGAACAUCUGGCGACCCUAUGCAAAUCGAUAACAACGACUCUAGCAAUAGUACGGACUCAGAAGAUGUGGAUAUUCCGGCUAGAAUUUAA